CUGCCUGACAGCAGCGGCAGUAGACCUGUGUGAAGACUAGCGGUUUUAUGUGCCCUCCCCCGGGACUGCUGAGCCUGGAAAGACGCUUCCCUCCUGAGGUGAAACGUUUUAAUGCGAAGGUGAGCUGCUGCAGAGCGGUUCUGCAUGAAGCUGCUUUGUCUCGUUUAAACGAGCGAUGGCCACUCCAAAUGACCUGCAGUUCCAGGAGUUUGAAGAAGCAGCAGAUCUCCUGUCUGCUGACCCCGGGGCCCCCACACUCAGUAUGUCUGCAUCCAACGACCCCGCAGCCACAGCCGGAGCUCCAGCAGCUGGGGAGGAUGUAAGACUAGACCUGUCUGAGGAUGAGGCUGCUCAGGAGGAGAGUUCAGAGCUUUUAGGAGGACAGAAAUCAGCUGGUGGCUUCUGGACUUUUGAAUACUAUCAGUCUUUAUUUAAUGUGGACACAGUGCAGGUGUUGGACAGAGUUAAGGGCUCUCUGAUGCCGCUACCAGGAAGAAACUUUGUCAAGCACUACCUGAGGAAUAACCCAGACCUGUAUGGGCCGUUUUGGAUCUGUGUGACCCUGGUGUUCUCGGUGGCCAUCAGUGGGAACUUGUCCACCUUCCUCAGUUCACUUGGCGACCCCAGUUAUCACCACAGGCCGCAGUUCCACAGGGUUACCAUAGCUGCGGUGGUGAUCUUCCUGUAUGCCUGGCUGGUGCCGAUUGGUCUGUGGGCGUUCUUGACCUGGAGACAGGGCACCGAGCGGCAGGUCGGAGGUUACUCCUUCCUGGAGACGGUGUGCGUCUAUGGAUACUCGCUCUUCAUCUACAUCCCGACAUCAAUCCUGUGGAUCAUAUCAUACGAGUGGCUGCGAUGGACGCUCAUCGUCGUUGCCAUGGUGAUCUCUGGCUCCGUCCUGGUCCUGACCUUCUGGCCCGUUGUCCGGGACGACACCAGAGUAACAGCGGUAGCCACAGUGGUGACCAUCGUGGUGUUACACACUCUGCUGGCCAUCGGCUGUAAGCUAUAUUUCUUUCAAACUUCUGAGCACACACCACCUGCUGCCACUAUAGCCCCACCCAUCCAUCCAACACCUGUCACGGCCCACUGACCAGAGCAGCAGGUGGGAAGGGGGCGGAGCCUAUCAGGAGCGCAGGACAUUAGAUCCAUUCCUGACUGGGAAAGUUUUGGAAAGGUGAAAUGAAGUUGACAUGUGAAGUUAAAAAGCAGCUUUUUCUACUGUUAUCUGUCAUGAAGUGAUGCAUGGAGAGGGUCCAACAUGGCCGCCGUUCCCCUCUGGUGAAAACAGAGCAACUUAAACUCUCAGUAAGUGGAGAUCUGCUUUUAGAACUCCCAGGUUCUGGAAUCAGGGGUCCUUCAGUUCUUCCCUGCAUUAUAACCCGAUCGAUCCACACACUGGAGGUGAAUCCACUGACAUUCCUCUUCGUCCUGCUUAGUGAAGCUUGAACAUGCCUGAUGAAGUCGUAGCCGACUGAAUGGAUUCCAGGCCACAUAUUGUUUGUUCUGAAUGUGUUUUAAUAACCUGGAACGGAAACGUAGUGAUGAUGGUGGACCGCCUCCGUCUCCUCUGUUCAGCGCUCACUGUCAGGACUCUAAUUUAAAAAAAAAGUAAAUUCUAAAGUAUGUAGCAGGUUUACAGCUAUUUAUUUUCCUUUGUGGAACUACUGAGACCUACUUUUUGUUAAUAAAUUUAGAAUGAAUACUC